GGUACCGGGGAACGGAAGAGGCGGUGGUGGUGGCUGCGGGGCCAUGGCCGACCCGCGGAGACCCGGCAAGGUGGCCAGGUACAAGCCCCCCGCUACCGAGACCAACCCGGCGCUGGAGGACCCGACCCCCGACUACAUGAACCUGCUGGGGAUGGUGUUCAGCAUGUGCGGGCUCAUGCUCAAGCUCAAGUGGUGCGCCUGGAUCGCUGUGUACUGCUCCUUCAUCAGCUUCGCCAACUCCCGCAGCUCUGAGGACACCAAGCAGAUGAUGAGCAGCUUCAUGCUCUCCAUCUCGGCCGUGGUCAUGUCCUACCUGCAGAACCCCCAGCCCAUGUCCCCGCCCUGGUGACAGUGAUGGGGGGAAUCGGAGAGGGGGCAAUAAAAGGUGGUCCUGCCA